AUGAACAUCGCUGCGAAAGCUGAAAUGGUUCUCACAAGUGCACUUGCUGAAAAAGAAUGCAAGCGUGUGAACAAUUGCAAGUCUGCACAAGAAAUGUGGAACAAACUUGUGGUCACCUACGAAGGAACCACCGAUAUUAAAGAUUCUCGAAUGGAUACUCUAAUCAUGGAGUACGAGAACUUUAAACUCCAAGAAGGAGAAAAUAUCAUUGACAUGGAAACGAGAUUCACUCGUAUUGUCGAUGAGCUUGCUCAACUCGGGAAGAACUACACGCAAAAUGAAAAGAAUCGGCGAGUUCUUAAAUCUCUUCCUCCGAGUUGGAAAGUCAAAGUUACAACAAUCAAAGAGAUGCACAAUCUCAAUGAUUAUCACAUCGACAACCUUUUCGGAAAUCUUCGUGCUUACGAGGAAGACAAUGUUCCGGAUAUCGUCGUUCCGAAAGUGGAAGAAAAGAAGAAAAAUAUUGCACUCAAGGCCAUAUUAAUCGAUGAUGAUGACAACGACGAAGAGCUGAACGAGGAACUCAAAAAUCUUGAUGAAGGCGAAAUCGUUUUAUUAACAAGACAACUUCGUCGUGUGCUUCAAAGCAAAGCUCAAAGAAAUGGAAAAGGCUUCCUAAAAUCAAACAAUCAACAAAGAGUUUUCAACUCUAAUGGGAGGCCAAAUUACUCUCAAAAUUACGCUCCUAACUACAAGAGUAAUUUUCCUACUUCGGGCUACAACAAAGGCAAAGGAAUUCAAAAUUCAAAUUCGAAUUCCUACAACAAUGCAAACAACAACAACAUCAACAACAAUAACUACACUCCUCCUAAGCCUAAAGAGCAUGUUCAAGAGGAGACACAAGAUGUUUGUUUCGAAUGCAAACAACCGGGUCACUACAAGAGAGAAUGUCCAAAGCUAGCCAAAGGACGUGUUCUCGUAGCAGAAAAUGGUUGGGAUCUAAGUGAGGAUGAAGAAGCCUCCGAAGCAAGCAAAGAAAUGGUUAAUCUAUGCUUAAUGGCUUCGGAUGAAGCAUCUACUUCUACGGAAGAUUCCACUACGAACCAAGAGGUGUGCCUUGCUGCUAAAACAGACAUGUGGUACCUUGAUAGUGGUUGUUCGAGGCAUAUGACUAGAAACAAGUCACUCUUAAACAACAUUAACAAGGUUGCUGCUGGAGAUGUCACAUUUGGAGAUAGUAGCAAAGAUCGCAUCAUUGGAAUUGGGGACAUUGGAAAUGAUCGAGUCAAAAUAUCAAAUGUCCAACUAGUCACCGGGCUGAAAUACAAUCUUCUUUCAAUCAGUCAACUUUGUGACAACGAAUACAAAGUGAUCUUCUAUCCUACUCACUGUUCUAUCUUGAACAAGGAUGGAAAGUUGGUUCUUACUUGCCCUCGCAACAAAAAUGUCUAUACAUGUGACAUGGGCAAAAUCAAGAAUGUGUGCCUAAUCACUACAAAUGAUGAUCCAUGGCUUUGGCAUCGAAGAUUGGGGCAUGCAAACAUGAAGCUAAUCAAGAAUCUUUCCGCAAAAGAUCACGUUCGAGGGAUACCAAAGCUAAACUAUCAAAAAGGUCACAUCUGUGAUGCUUGUGAGAUAGGAAAGCAAAUUCAAGCGUCUCUGUUAGGUCCCGAUACGAUUGUAGAAGGGGGGGUUGAAUACAAUCGUCACAAAAUUCGCGCGGAAUAA